AUGGCCACAAGGCUAAGGUUCGAAAACUCAUGUGAAAUUGGGGUAUUCACAAAGCUGACAAAUGCAUACUGCUUGGUAGCAAAUGAAGGCUCUGAAAGUUUCUACAGCAUCUUUGAGUCUGAAUUAGCUGAUGUCAUUCCUGUUGUUAAAACAUCCAUUGGUGGCACAAGAAUAGUUGGAAGGCUUUGCAUAGGAAAUAAGAAAGGCCUUCUCUUGCCUCAUACUACUACUGAUGAAGAGCUUCAACACUUGAGGAACAGCCUACCUGAUGCAGUUGUUGUUCAACGGAUUAAUGAGAAAUUAUCUGCUCUUGGUAAUUGCAUGGCGUGUAAUGACCAUGUUGCCCUUACCCAUACUGAUCUUGACAAGGAAACAGAGGAUAUGAUAGCGGAUGUUCUUGGUGUGGAAGUGUUUAGGCAGACAAUUGCAGGAAAUGUACUUGUGGGGAGUUAUUGUGUGUUUUCAAAUAGAGGUGGUAUUGUGCACCCUUACACAUCUGUUGAAGAUUUGGAUGAGCUGUCAACACUCCUACAGGUCCCUUUGGUUGCAGGGACGGUUAACCGUGGUAGUGAAGUGAUAGCCGGUGGGUUAACCGUUAAUGACUGGACCGCGUUUUGUGGUUCAGACACCACUGCAACCGAAUUGUCGGUGAUUGAGAAUGUCUUUAAGUUGAGGGAAGCUCGACCUCAGGCUAUUGCUAAUGAGAUGAAGAAAUCCUUGAUUGAUACGUAUGUUUGAAUUGGUUCAAAUGCUUGUUAAUGUUAUGUUAUGUUAUGUUAUGUUACUUUUUUUUUUUUGUGC